CUCCUCGUCCAAUCGGUCCGUGGUCGUCUCACCGUUCAGAAACAGUCGCGGAUCAACUGUUGGUCUAAUCGGGAAAACUGUCGUAAACGAUCGCUAUAGUAACGCGGCGUUUCAUGCGGCAUUUCCGUGCCCGCUUUCCGUGUUGCCGGUAUCUUAAUUUUUUUUAAUUAGUGAAAUGAUACCCGUCAGCGGUUGCGAUGAUAGGUUUGGUGUUUGUUUGUUGGAUGGUUAUAUAAAUAAUAGAUCUUUUUUUAAUAUAGUAAAAACUAAAAAUAUCCAACAAUCAAGUAUCAAGCCUAAAAGAAAUUAGGAGAAUAAGGAUUAAGGACUUACUAAAUAAAAUAAUCAAAUUAUGCCUCCAAAACUUUUCGGCAGUGAUAUGAAUCAGGGAGUGAGGGCUGUGCUAUUAACAUCAAAAGCUUUAGGAAUAGAAGUUGUAGUUAAGGAUUUUAACAUUUAUUGCAAAGAAAACAUCGAUGAAGAAUUGUCACAGAUAAAUCCAGACUGUACGAUUCCGACCCUGGUAGAUGAAGAUUUUAUCAGUUGGGACACUCACGCAAUCUUAAGCCAUUUAGUGGCAAAAUACGGAACGGAUGACAGCCUAUAUCCGAAAGAUUCAGAAAUGAAAAAUAAAGUGGAUCAGAUGUUGUUUAUGGAAUCGGAUACCCUUUGUCCUCGAGUGGACGGUGUUAUUCAGGCCAUCGUAGUGGAAAAUGAAAAGGAAAUACCUACAGAAAAAAUUAGCUCCUUAACUGAAUCCUAUAAAAUACUGGACAGCAUAUUAGAAAAUAAAAACUUCUUGACAGGUGACAAUCUGACGGUGGCAGAUCUCUGUUGCGUGGCAACAGUCAGUACUGCGACUGUAAUUACUCCCAUAUCGACUGAAAAGUAUCCAAAUUUGUCUCAUUGGUACCGCACCUGCAAAAAUCUGGACUACUACGAGGAGACGAACGGGGUCGGUCUAAAUAAGUUGGAUGCCUUGGUGGAACUGAAAUUAGGCAGGCCGAGGACUAAGGAUUUCUGCGCAUAGCACUUCUUGUGAAUACUUUUGUGAUAUUUUGUACAAUUUUUACUCUUAGGCUAUUCUUAAUUGUACUCUAUUUAUUAAUUUGUUUGUUACGUUGUUACGUAUUUAUUGAUGCAAGUUUGACUCUCAAUAUGACUAUUAUUAUUAUUAAUAAACGCACAAUUCUGUCAACAACAA